AUGGCCAAGGCAGUUGACCACGCCCCGCUGUUUGAAAAGGAGGUGUUGAUCUUGAUGGGUUUAAAUGGCCUCGGAGGAGUGCCCAGAGUGCUGGCCUUAUGCCAGGGUUACCCCGGAUUCCUGAUGGAGUUCUGCAUCGGGAAAACCUUCCUGACGAUGCUCUCCGACACGACCCCCGUCAGCACCCUCCUGCGGGGGAUACACAAUCUGGUUCUAAGGGUCCGGGAGAUUCACCAGGCGGGAUACGUGCACAACGAUCUCAAGCUUGACAACGUCAUACUUGAGGAAGGCGCCGACGGCACGGUCCGGACACGCGUGAUCGACUUGGGUCUGUGCACGCGCUUAGGUGAGAUCCCCGGCUUCCAGGGGGUGCCCGAGAACCACCCCCACAUAGCCCCCGAGCUCCUGCGGAACGGCGUGGCCUCCGUCGAGUCGGAUGUGUUCUCUCUCGGGAUGAUGCUGAAGGGAGUCCUGCAGGUGCACGCCAGGUCCUUCCCUCAGGAGUUCGAGCUGUUCCACCUGGCGCAGGCGAUGACCCGCCUCGCUCCGCGCGAGCGGACGCCCUUCCAGAGGUGCGUCGACGUCCUCGCCGACAACCUCGUCGUCCCGCGCCAGGAGUGA